UUUUCUUACAAAUUUUUUUCUUCACGUAUGAUUAUGGUAAGAUAUGGUGAAAGAGGCGAAGAGGAAGGAGGGAGAGGGUGGAGCGGAGUAAGGUGUGAUGCAGAGAGGAGGCGGUGGGAGGUUAGGAAGAGGGGAGAGUGUGGUGACACGGAAGCAACUUCAAACGCACGUGUCGGACGCGCGUGUCCCAUUCGAUGCACCUCCGAGGUCGGUGCUCGCCACGCUUCGUCUCUCUAUUCUAAUCUCCCGCCACGCUUCUUCUCUCUCUAAAUCUGCCGAAGGAUUCCAGACCUCUCUAGGAAUUUCUUUUGUACUCAAUUCAUUGAGCUGCGUAUGGAUCCAGAGGUUCCGCCUUCCUUAGUUGACAAGGUCAAUGUGGUGGCAGAGAAUCCAUUAACUAGGUCUUGUCCUACUAAAAACAAUCAGAGAAAAGUUCCUAAAAGGGUUCACAAAGCCGUGAGAGAGAAACUGAAGCGGGAGCAUUUGCAUGACCUCUUUCUUGAGCUGGCCAAUGCACUUGAUUUAACUCAUCAGAACACUGGAAAGGCCUUUAUAUUGUGUGAAGCUAUUCGGCUAGUGAAGGACACAAUUGCUCAGAUUGAUUGCCUCAAAAAGGAGAAUGCAGCUCUGUUUUCUGAAUCUCACUACGUGAACAUUGAGAAGAAUGAGUUGAGAGAUGAGAAUUCUGUCCUAGAAGAUCAGAUUGAUAAACUUCAAACUGAGAUCAAAGAGAGAGCAGCCCUGUAUAAACCUGACCUCAACUCUGCUCCCUCCGAAUUUCAGCAAACAGAAGUGACCCAACACUGUCCAGGAAGUUCCCUGAGAUUUCCUUCUGCAGAUCAAGCACUACAGCAAUCAUCUGUUGUGGGUCCUGUCCUUGUCGUCCCCUUCGCCUCUGGUCUCCGAGCUUAUCCUGGGGCAGGCGCUCCCCGGUCAAUCUCAAUCGUGAGCAAGCCACAUGCCAGGUAUCCAACUCCAGGGGAUUCGUGGCCCUCUCAAGUUUUAGGAGAUCAGCCGACAGCCAGACAGAAAUUUGAGCUUAGUGGUAGCAUUAACAAUAGCAGUAGUUGCGGCAUUGGGGAAGAAGGCAGUGGUAAGGUGUGAGCUUUGCUAUGUUCAAUUAUAUGUAAUUUUGUAUAUUGCUAAUUUCCCAUUGGGGACGAUGUAUAUUUCAUUAUAAUGAAUGAUGGGGGAUGGCUCUGCUUUGAUC